AUGACUGCCGAACGACCGCGCCAUGCAGAUGUUGACGUUCUCGUCUUCUUCCUUACCAGCAAGCUUUCUCAGGAAGAGAGGCAAGACCUCAUUACUCUGAUCGAAGGGGAGCAAUUUAAAGGCGACGUCGUGACAGUUGAAUGGCCUUACGAGCGUCCUGGAACGGAAGAGGAUAUAGAACGUCUUUCACCACAAGCAGCGGUUGACAAAAAGCCUUUCGAAGCCUCGACUGUUGUGUACAUUGACGACGAGUCCGACAAGAAAGUUAUUAUUGCCGACUUCGAAGACGGCAGAGUUCGACUCAGCAGGCGUCUGUUGGCCUCGUAUGCUGGCCGCACUGCUGUCGGGUGCAAUCUUUGUUGCAUGUCACUGGAAGAUGCUGUUGAAGAAGACUAG